AUGCUCUACGACAACGAAGCUGAAAUCGGAGCUGCCAUAAGGGAAAAACUAGCCGAAGGAGCCAUAAAGAGAGAAGAAAUUUUCAUCACUAGUAAGCUUUGGUGUAACGCUAUGAGUCCCAAAUCAGUGGAGCCAGCUUUAAAGAAAACCUUGAGCAAUUUUGGUUUGGAUUAUUUGGAUUUGUAUUUGAUACACUGGCCAAUGGCUUUUGAGGCAAGUGAAGGUGGCGAUUUUUAUCCAUUAUCUCAAAAUGGAAAAGUUAAAUUUUCAAAUACUGACUACAUAGAUACAUGGAAAGCAAUGGAAGUUAUUUGCAAAAAAGGCUUGACCAAAUCCAUAGGAGUAUCAAAUUUCACCAUUGACCAAUUGCAAAGACUCUUGCAAAUAUCUGAAAUUAAACCAGUUGUUAAUCAAGUUGAAUAUCAUCCAUAUUUAAAUCAGAAUAAGUUAUUGUCAUUUUGCAAAGCCAAUGAUGUUUUAAUUGUGGCUUAUUCUCCUUUGGGUUCAAAUGAUAGACCCUGGGCUAAAAAAUCUGAUCCGUUGGUGAUGGAAGAUCCUAGAAUUCAAACUUUGGCGCAGAAAUAUCAAAAAACACCAGCACAAAUUAUUUUGCGAUAUCUGAUCCAAAUUGGUCUUGUACCAAUUCCAAAAUCCUCCAAUAAGAAACGAAUUGAGGAAAAUAUUGAUUUGUUUGAUUACGCAUUGGCUCCACAAGACAUUGAAGCAAUAGAUGCUUUUGAAACAGUUAUUAGAUAUCAUUGUCACUUGGAGACUCUAGGACAUCCAAACUAUCCAUUUUGUGAUGAAUAA